GCUGCCGUCACGCUAUCAGAGAAGGGGGAGCCGAGCAAAAUUCGGAGUUACGUCCAGUGUGGCUAUAGCUCUCCUAAAGGAACCAGAAAAAGCACAACGAUUAUCAUAUUAGGACGACUGGAAUAUAGUGCAGCGACAAUUUUUUGGAAAUGUAUUUAGACCUUGACCGUCAACGAAUCGCUUGAUCCUGCGAAGAAGCAGAAAUCUUCUGACGUUUUCCGUUUUUAACAGACUGUCGCUGCAUCGGAGAAGCUGCAUACAAAUGAGAUGGAAAAUAAAUAGUAACGUUGCUUUUUAAAUUUGCUCUAAAGACGCUGACAAAAUGGCUGUUAAUAGAAAGCUAUAGAAAGACGUGUCGACCUAAUUCUAGUAGGCUGUGAGAGCUAUUUAAUGUGACUGUUUGAUACGUUGUUACAAUUACUCCACAGACUCUGGCUCUCUUCUUAAAUUAACCCGUUAGGCCCAUAGAUCGGCUACCUGACGAAUAUCCGUCCUACUUGCGCUUUUCACUUCCUCUUCGUGUGAGGGAAUUCAUAUUCGCAGCGACAUAGCCUACUCUGUCUGCUUGUUCUGUAUUCUGCUUCAGUUUCUGACUUUUUUUAUGAUAGUAUAUCCUAAACAUGCCCAACUGUUAAGUCUGUUUUGUCAACUUCCCUCGGCUGUUUUGUGGAUGGACAUUAAUGAUUGACAGAUAGGGAACGCGCUAUACCGUAUCAGCAUCCUUGUCCCUUAAUGUCUCGCCAUUAAGUGUUACGCCAUUAUAAUCAAAAAGCAGAUUAUUUUGGUGGGUUGUAGAUUUUUCUAAUCGUUUUUGUCAUAAAGACACGACAAGUGUAGUUCAGUGGUUAGGCUAGGGUAAGUUGCAGAAUCUAAAUAUUCUUUAGUCUAUAGCUAUAUCGUUUUACUUUGUAUUGUAAUUUUGUCGGAGAGCCUACUUUUCUAAAACAAAGAAUCCGGGUUAGGCCAGCCAAUUCUUACAGAACCGUUGACAGGAAUCCAACAAACGAAACCAACAUGGCAGAGAGUUGGAAAAACUGUUUCGAAGAAGAACUUAUCUGUCCGAUCUGUCUUCAUGUGUUCGAGGAGCCCAUACAGCUCCAGUGCAAACACAACUUCUGCCGGGGCUGUAUCUCCGAGGCCUGGGCCAAAGAGGCGGCGGCAGUCCGAUGUCCAGAGUGCAAUCACGCAUACUCUCAGAAACCCACACUGGAAAAGAACAUCAAACUAACGAACAUUGUGGAGAAGUUCAAUUCGUUAAACGUCGACAAGACACCCUCGGUGUUGCAUUGUAUCUUCUGCCGACGGGGCCCUCCGCUCCCGGCGCAGAAAGUUUGCUUGCGUUGCAAAGCGCCCUGCUGUCAAUCUCACGUCCAAACGCACCUGCAGCAGCCGUCACCGGCUCCGGGGCACCUGUUGGUGGAUACGGAGGAGGUGAGAGCGUGGACUUGCCCACAGCACGACGAGUACCGACUGUUCCACUGCGAGGCAGAGCAGGUGGCCGUCUGUCAGUACUGCUGCUUCUCCAGGUGCGCCUCGAGCCAUGGACACGCCGUCUGCGACGUGGAGGUGCGAAGGAACGAUAUUCGGCACAUGUUGAUGAAGCAACAGGAGAGGAUAGAGGAUCGGGUUCAGGACAUUGAGGAGCAACUCUGCAAGCUGGAGUCGGACAAGACACAGGUGGAGGAUGCUGUGUGUGAGCUGAAGGAGCAGGUGAAGUCUCAGUACCGGCGUAUGCAGCUGAUGCUGGAAGAGGACCUGAGUGAGACCAUGCAGCUGCUAGACCGAGCCCACUCCAGAUACCGACAGGAGAACUCCCAGCAGGCCUUGCGGCUCAGCGAGAGGAGACAGGAGGCUGACAAGCUACUGAGCUCUGUUCAGAUGGUCUUGGACAGGGCCGAGGACAUCAACUUCAUGAAGAACACCAAACCUGUGAAGCUGUUGAGUGACAGGUCCCAGUCAUGUCUGGGCAGCGGCCUCCCACCUCACAAGGUCGGCCAUCUCAACUCCAAGCUCCUGCUCUCAGAGGUCACCAAGAAGGAGAAGAACCUGCACAAGAUGCUGGAAGUUCCGUUCAGUGCACCUUCGCUCCUUCUCCAGACAGUGCCGUACCCAGCCACCUCCCAAGCCUCCUCCUCCUCCUCCUCCAGGCCAGAGAAGCGCAAACACUUCUCAGCCUUCCCCGAGGGCUCUGGAGGGGCCCACAACUUCCAGGAUCCUUCCCCCAGCGCCAAGCAGCCCUACCUGGGUGGCCAGGGCCGUCAGGGGCCCUCCUCGUCUUCUUCCGAGGGCCCCUCCCAGGCUUUGAACCCCAGCUUAGGCCCCAGCUCCUCAGUCCAACAUAUCAGUGUUCUGGGGGACAGCUCCAGUGGCUCUCCAUCGGCCCCCCACCACUCGGGCCCCGUUUUCCCCCCUUCCCACUACCCCAGUGGGGGCCCCUCUCAGCAGGCUGUUUUGCCGGAGUAUGCAGGCAGGAAGAUCCUUAUGUGUACCAUGGAUAACUGCUAUUGCUCUGGGGUGCCCCCUCGCACCAACCCACCCUACCCGAGAUCAGGCUCCUUCCCCUGGGUGACCUCGCCGGAGUACCCUCCUCAUCCCCAGCUGUCCUCCGGAGCCUCAGCCAUGCAGGGGCUGUCUAUGAGGGACUGGAUAGAUGCCUCACAGACACACAGACACCCAGACUUCUACGGGCUGUACGGGCAGUCCUCGGCCAAGCACUACGUCACCAGUUAACAGUGAACUGUGCCUAUAAAACUUCUGGAUCCCAGUCUACUUUCUGCUCUCACAAGUCUACAAACUUGUUGUUAUUUUUCUUUCCCUCUCUGUGGGAAUGACAGUUACAUUUACAUUUAGUCAUUUAGCAGACGCUCUUAUCCAGAGCGACUUACAGUAAGUACAGGGGCAUUCCCCCUGAGGCAAGUAGGGUGAAGUGCCUUGCCCAAGGACACAACGUCAUUUGACACGGCCGGGAAUCGAACUGGCAACCUUCAGAUUACUAGCCCGAUUCCCUCACCGCUCAGCCACCUGACUCCCAGUUCAUAGACAGGAUUCAUGUUGGUGUGAUUAUGAACACAUCAGAAUAGAGGAUAAAUAUAACAGGCUGUUAUAAUUGGGGUGUGUGUGUGAUGGCAAGAAAGUAGAUUUGCUUUGGAUAAUUACUGUUUUACCUAAUGUUUUGCUUUGACUGGAACUGUAAGCUAUGACAACUUGGUCUUAACCACAUUCAGGAAGUUAUUUGUCUUAAAAGAAGUCCUUCCUCUCCACAGAGAGAAUUGUUAUUGACUCAAUCCAUAGACUGCAGUGCCUGAGAACCCCUAAGAACUCAUUUUAUUUCCUGAAAGUAGUCUUAACUUCCUGUCCCAAAGCUCUUGACUUCCUGUCAGUUGCUGAAAGCCUCCUGGAGGUGGCUGUAUAUUCCAUGGGUCCUGGCAGGAUGUGGCAUAAACGGUUGUCCGUUUUUUCAUGACUUUUAUACCAGAUAACAAAUGGAAUUAAACUGCUACUGUACACAAAAUAAACAAAUCAAUGUACUUCAGAACAAGACUAACAUAUUGUUUGAUUAUGGCUAAAAGGAAAUAUAUGUGAUAUUGCUGUUUGUGUUAUUCCAAGACAUUAGCUUGGACCAUGUCUCAUGUUAAACCUGGUGCUGAAAACGUGCCAGCUGGGAUUCACUAUUUCUGUAUGCCACAGAAUGUUCGCUGUUCUUUUACUGUUGUGUUGGUUACACUUUAACCUGAUCAAACCCACUCCCCCGCAGGUGUGUGUGUGUGUGGUCAUGGAGCUCGUCAUUGAGAGAAGGUGUGUUAGUUUAAGAGAUGUUUUCACAACCAUUCAUUGGGCCUGAAAUGUGUGAAAGAAGCUCCUAUACCACAUAUACACACUGUUCCGUAAUACUCUAUUUACAUUGAUUCAUUUAGCAGAUACCUUUAUCCUAAAUGACGUACAAAUAGUAUAUGUCACCCGUUUAUGGAACCUUUCCUACUGCCAGACUGGAUACACCCAAUGAACUGAGUCAGGAAUGGAGAGAGAAUAGGAGGUCACAAAGUCUAGAACAGACUAAUCUACAUGCCACUAUACAAUACUAUAUCCUAAACAAACUUGGGAAUGCUAUGCCAUACAUAAUAAAUGACAGUAACAGAGAAUGUUUUGCUCCUGGUAGCCUGUUGGAAGUGUGUGCAUUUUCUGCAGUGUGUCUACUUCCUGGUUUAAAACAUGCAGCAUAUUAAAGUACCUUGCCUGGGAGAGAUUUCCCUUUGUC